UACCUUAUAGUUGGAUUCGUGUUGUCUUAACGCGUUUUAUUAUUAAUAUUCCGUCCACAGCAUCUCUGAUUCACAGACUCGAUCAUGACUGUUGUGAGGACUCUUGACGUCAGAGGGGAGAAUCAUCGGUGAGGUCCAAUGGGGGGAAUAUCAAGAGAGCCAGAGCUGUCGUCCUACCAACAGUAUUAGCCAUGCUAACCGAUGUGCAACUCUUCUUUCCGGAGGAAGAAACCCGCCAAAGCUAACGAUUUUACCCGCGGCACUGACUGCACUCGAGCUCGGGGUAGAAAAAGGCAUUGCAGCUUCAUGGCACUGAGGUACCGUCUGCUGAUGAGCACUUGUGUAUUCUGUAACGGGUGGCUUUUGUGAGAAAACGCCUUGGAUAAAUGUGUCGUUAAUUGGAGCUAUGAUUCACUCUCUUGCACCAGCAAUGAGCAACCAACUUCAAAACACCUCUUCCCUCUCCACGGCGGCCACGUGGAAUCUCCUGGAUGUGAGGAACUCAUCACCAGUGAGAACGGCAGACUUGCGGCCGAUGCCUGUUAGCCCAUGGGACAUUGCACUGUGUGUGACAGGCACGCUCAUCUCGUGUGAGAAUGCAAUUGUGAUUGCCAUCCUGUUUUACACGCCCACCUUGAGAGCCCCUAUGUUCAUCCUGAUAGGGAGUCUUGCGUUUGCAGACCUGCUUGCAGGACUUAGUCUCAUUCUCAACUUUGUCUUCAUCUAUAUGCUGAACACAGAGGUUGUGACUCUGAUCUCCGUCGGCCUGCUAAUCGCCGCUUUCUCCGCAUCAGUGCUCAACAUUCUGGCCAUCACAGUGGAUCGCUACUUGUCUCUCUACAAUGCUCUGACCUACCACACAGAGCGCACAGUGACGUUCACCUAUGUAAUGGUGGUUCUCAUUUGGUUGGUGGGCAUCGUCCUGGGCCUACUGCCUGUGCUUGGCUGGAACUGCAUACAAGACGAGGCCAGCUGCAGUAUUUGUCGGCCAGUCACCAAGAACAAUGCUGUGGUACUCGCUGUGACGUUCUUGCUUGUAUUUGCCCUCAUGAUGCAGCUUUACCUGCAGAUCUGUAAGAUUGCCUUCCGCCACGCACAGCAGAUUGCUGUUCAGCACCAGUUUAUGGCUAUUUCCACCACAAAAGGUGUAUCCACACUCUCGGUCAUCCUCUGCACCUUUGCCGCAUGCUGGAUGCCCUUCGCCAUGUAUUCAAUUGUGGCAGACUCAAGCUACCCAAUGAUCUACACUUAUGCAACGGUGCUGCCAGCGACAUGUAACUCUGUCAUAAACCCAAUCAUAUAUGCUUACAGAAACCCAGACAUCCAGAAAUCCCUGUGGCUAGCCUGCUGCGGAUGGGUUCCGUCCAACUUCUCCUUGCGGCCAAGGACAUCUAGCGAUGUUUAG